UCGACGGUCAGAUCUCGCAGCCUCUUAACGCGGUUUUCCGCUACUUUUUUAAUCCGCAUCGUCUUUUAUAAUUGCAAAGACAUGUCGACGACAGCCUUAGGGAUAAGUGCCCUUUUUAUGGUGGGAUGUUGUGCCCUGGCUCAGAUCGCUAGAGUUAUCAGCCGGCGACUAGUGACCCGUGAGGGACUGGUCCCCAUCCUGAUUAACGAGGCAAUCGCUGCUGCCGAACUAUGCGCCUGCUGCUUUGAACUGAUCAUUGUGGCCGACAACUUUGGGGUGUCCAUGUAUGCCAUCUGCCUCUUCCUGCUGACCAUCUGGUGGGGCCGCGUUUGGGGCGACGCCUCCGCCUGUCCGUACACGCACAUGGAGGACGUGGUUGAGGGUCGGACCAGCUUCAAGGAGAUGGCCCUGCGCAGUUGGGCCGAACUGAUGGGCGGUUGCUGUGUGUACCGGGUGGUCCAGCUCUUCUGGUGGCUGGAGCUGGCCGAGACCCAUCGUGGACGGGCCUUUGAGGCCUGCAACGCCGAUCUGCAGGUCAGCCCGUAUUUGGGCGCGGUUAUCGAGGGCGUGGCCACCCUCCUCUGCCGCCUGGCCUCCAAGACGAUUAGCGAGAAGGAGCCGCGGUUCGGGAGCUACAUCGACUCCUUCAUUGGCACCAGCUUGGUGGUGGCAGCCUUCAACUUCUCCGGCGGCUACUUCAAUCCCGUCCUGGCCACAGCCCUCAAAUGGGGCUGUCGCGGACACACCCACCUGGAGCACAUCAUCGUCUACUGGAUUGGCGCAUGCGCAGGCGCCGUGCUCUCCAUUCCGGUCUUCAAGCUGCCCGCAGUGCGACGCAUCCUACUCGGCGAAGAGGCGGCGUCGAAGUCGAAAAAGGAUUAGGCCCAAUUUGUAUUUUGUUUUUCAAAUAUCUGUCAAUACCUAGAAAGAUGCACAAUUCCUAUCAUGUCAGUUUGGAGGCAAAGUUUUACCCUGUUCAUUUUGAAAUGUGACCAGAA